GCUUGCUCUCUCUUUGGUUGAGUAAAAAUUUUGAUUUGUUUCUUUAGCUUUAUCUGCCGACAGAAAACGAGGCCAUAAAGAGGGCACUCACAGACAGCUUAGCAACACAUUUUUCUUCUCCAGUUUUCUUUUCUUUUCUUUUCUUUUAUCCUCUUCUUUCACUUUACCUCUCUCUCUCUCUUGGUGGAUUCAAAAUAUUUUAGUAUUUGCUUUUGUGGCCAUGGAUUUCUGCCGAAAUGUGUCGGUUUCCGGUGAAUACAAGCAAGAGCAGGUCCUUUCACCUCCUUGCUCCAAGCUUGGUGGCCUCUCUACCAGUCUCGACGACCUCUUUUCUGCUCAGAACACGGAAGUGGAUGUUAGCUUAGAAUGGUUGUCAGUAUUAGUUGAAGACUGUCUAUACAGCACAGGAAACUGCCUCCCAGCACCCUCUAGUGUUGAAACCACAAGUAGAAGCCCCAAACCCUCAACACCCUUGCAGAAACCCCAUCAGAACCCAGCUUCCCUGCAAAAUUUUGUAGUGCCAAGCAAGGCCAGAAGCAAAAGAAAAAGGGCCGCCAUAACCCCCAGAACCAACAGCUCUUUAAGCAUCUGGUCACAUCACGCAGACCCACAAAACAUGACCAGCUCAGACCCUCCUCUGCUCCAGCAGGCCUACUGGUUGGCUGACAGUGAACUUAUUGUGCCCAAAAAGGAGGAAAUUAGCAACAUAGUAAGAAGAGAAGAUGGUGAGGCGGAAGAAGGAGAGGAGGAGGAGGAGAAGGGAUUAAUGGUGAACAAUGAGCAGCAGGCUACGCCAAGGAGGUGCACCCAUUGCCUAUCACAAAGGACCCCACAGUGGAGGGCUGGACCAUUGGGUCCAAAAACACUGUGCAAUGCAUGUGGGGUGAGGUACAAGUCGGGUAGGUUGCUGCCAGAGUAUAGGCCAGCAAAGAGCCCUACAUUUGUGAGCUAUUUGCACUCCAACUCUCACAAGAAAGUCAUGGAGAUGAGAAUGGCUCUUCUGUCUUCCAUUCCCGGUGGCCAGUGAUGUAUAACAAACUUUAGAUAGAAAAAUUCGGACAAAAUUAGAUUAUUAGUCUAGUGUAACGCCCUUGCUAUUCAAUUUCAUGCACUCUUUACUCUUUCUUCCUCCAAA